CAGAUGAUGCCAGGACUUCGAGGCUAGAUUAACAUGGCGGGCGCUGAAAAUUCUGAACCGGAGUUUGUGCUCUAUAGGAACAGGCCAGAAUGGGGCGACGUAAUCCCUCUUUCUCAGGACAAUGGUGCUAGUGUUGUUGCUAUUGCCUACUCAGAGAAAUUUAGUGACGUGUUUGACUAUUUUCGAGCUGUACUUAAAGCUGAUGAACGUAGUUUGCGAGCAUUCCAUCUUACUACUGAUGCAGCCAAACUGAAUCCAGCAAAUUACACAGUGUGGCAUUUUCGUCGUAGUUUACUGAAGGAUUUAAACAUUGAUCUAGAGGAAGAGAAGGAUUUCUGUGGUGACAUUAUUAGAGAAGAACCCAAGAACUACCAGCUGUGGUGAUUGCAUGAACUAAACUAAUCAGUAGCAUUAGAUGGAUGUUCUAGUACUGUAUGUACUUACAGAACAUCUCACGCCAUGCAGCCUGGUGCCUGGGAGUUGUUUCUAAGUCUGUCCUAUCCUUAUUUCCAUUUGGGUAGGAGAAUAGGGUUUACUUGAGAUUCAAAACCAUGCAGUGUUAGCCAACAUGUUUGUAUGGCCUAGAUGAGCAGUCGGAUGAUGUGGAAGUAUACAGUAAAACCAGAAAAUUGUGCGGUACAUUAUAUCGUGUGUUUCUCGCGGUCGAACUGACAUGGUACGAAUUGCAUUCGCAGAACAUAAACCUAUUGUGCAUGCGUAAUUCUUUAGAACCUGUUACGGAACAGCAUCCGUUUCUUCCAUGUCGAUCUGCGAUUUCUUUCAACGUAUUACACCAAAGACAAGGGCAUAUUUGUCCCUGUUCUGUUUAAUGCAGAGGAAGAGGCCGCCAAUGAUGCCGUUGGAGAUGAAGAUGACGACCUACUAGCUACGAAGAAAGACGACAAGCCAGCACACGUACAGUGAGGAAGUGAGGGCAGCUAUUGGAAAGUAUACAGCCCACCACGGGCCUGCUGCAGCAGUCGACACUUCACUAGGCAACUGCGCUGGAACGUGCCUGAGUCGACAGUCCGCAAGUUGCGUGAUUUGCACAAGGUGGAACUGCAACGCCAUGAGUGUACAUGGUUGCCAAUCGCACAAUUUAAAACUGCACAAUAGAGUCGAAGGAGUGAUUUUGGACAAAACCGCACAAUAUUAUUUACGCACGAUUUUCUGGUUUAUAGUACGUUAGAUUUUGGUCAGUAUUUUGGUAUAGCAUUUUCCUCUAUGCCCACUGCAAGUUCAUAGUUGGCAGCACGUAGAAAAUUGUUGUGUUGGUGUUAUUGCAGAAGACUUAAUUAAUGAAGUUCCUAAGUAAGGCAUCUUAGUCCAGAUAAACUUCAUUAUUAGAUUCUCAUCCUUGCCUGCAUCAUUUUUAGAGCAAGCAUAAAUAAUUAACACAAUUUACUACUUCGUUUCUUCUCGUUGCAUGAGGAAGGUCUGGAAUUACUGUGUUUGUCAUCAUUCAAAUACAUUUGCAUGCCUUAAAUUAGAAUUUUCCAAGUGUUCGCACAUUUUUCAGGACAACUUGGAUGUUGUCUGGACAUCAAGGGUGGUUGUCCGGACAUUCAAGGUGACUGUAGUGCAUGCUUUUUCAUACUGACAGUUUACACACAGUAAUUCUUAAAAUUGAAGGUGCUACCUAUUUCAAAACCAAUUCCUAGCUCAGAAUGAACAGAAAUAGCACUACACUAUGUCUUCAUCUAAUUCUGGGACUUCUAAACACUCUCCCCACUCUUCAAAACCUAAUUUUGCUUCUGCACAUGAUUCAUCUUCAUAAUUGAGUAAACAUUAAAAUCUGGAACGUCUAUUAUUCUAAGUACUAAUGAAUGAUAACUUUUGGCAAAGCUGUUGCUACCUAAUAGGGUUGUAUGUAUGGCUUAAAGGAGCAUUCCGGAGAUAUGGGAUAGGGUACUGGCUCCUUCUUCACUCGCUAAUGGGAAAUCCAUACUAACCAAGUUGGAUAUCUGGGCGCUAUCUCAGAGCAAACCUGACAGAUGUACGUUAAGAACGUUUCAUAUCUUAAAAACUGAUAGGGGCUGUUUCAAGAAUGUCGUCCGCCAUGUGAAGCAGUUUUUGCACGCCAACAGAUCACGUAAGCCUUACUGAUGCAAUUGCGUUUACGGAAAUGGCCUCUCUGAAACUUAAAACUAAUAAAAACUGAUCUUUGUAACUGCCUAGGAAACAAGACAUUUCAGAACCUUAUGAUGAUAUCUAUAGAAGGGCCAGAGCCAAGUGCUUUUUGCUAUGAAAAAGCAUGUGACUUAUGGUCUGGGUGGAGAAAUAGAAGACUUAGUGUUGAAAAGUAGUAUCACAACUUCGAUCAGGCACUUUAUUUUGGUGUGUUUGAAUGUAGUAGAUUAGGACUAAAUAUUGGUGUUCUUGUUGUGUUGCACUAGUUAGGAUUGCAUAUUUAAAUGAUACUGUAUCCAAUCUAUAGAGUGUCUUUGCAGUGGUAGCACUACACGCAUUAUCUGGAUCCUGGAGCUUGUAAGCAUCCCAGUCAUGGUAGCACAA